UGCUUGGUAAAUAUGUACAGUCAGCUGCUGGUCAAAGCGAACAUUCUGGGCAGCGUUGGCUGUGUGGACAGAGGAACUUAGAUAAUGAACCUUUGAAGUCCCUGCCCACGUCCCAGUGCUCUUCACUCAGCGUCUUGAAGCCGGGGUGUAGUCUCAUAUUCUGUUGAAUACCAACGCUGGAAUCUAACUCAGCCUGCUCUGUCCAAAUUAAAACACCAUUCAUUCGUAUGAUCAUUUUGGGCGACGCUCUCUAAUUAGGACCAUAUGAUGAGACGUCUGCUCUUCGUCUAAACAAAAGGCUUCUGUUGAGACAAGGGAAGUCAAGAUUACACAAUAAGGAUGGGAAUCCUUAAACUACUGAAAGCUCAGUUCCUGUGCCAUCUCAUCAUCUGUUACGUGUUCCUGGUCAGUGGGUUUAUUAUCAACCUGCUGCAGCUUUGUACUCUACCACUGUGGCCCAUUAACAAGCAGCUUGCACGCAAGAUCAACUGCCGAUUGGGUUAUUCCAUUUCUAGCCAAAUGGUGGCACUGUUAGAAUGGUGGUCUGGAACAGAAUGCACACUUUACACAGAUCCGGAAAGCUGUCUUCUCUAUGGCAAAGAAAACGCCAUUGUUGUUCUCAAUCAUAACUUUGAGAUCGAUUUUAUGUGUGGUUGGACCUUCUGCGACCGAUUUGGUGUUUUAGGGAGCUCAAAAGUGUUGGCAAAGAAAGAACUUUUCUAUGUUCCUGUGAUUGGCUGGAUGUGGUACUUCCAGGAAAUCAUCUUCUGCAAAAGGAAGUGGGAAGAGGAUCGCAAGACAGUAGUGCAGAGCCUUCGCAACCUUUGGGAUUACCCGGAAAACUUUUGGUUCUUGUUGCACUGUGAGGGUACACGAUUCACUGAGAAGAAGCACAAGAUUAGUAUGGAGGUGGCGGAGAAGAAAGGUCUCCCCAAACUCAAGUACCAUCUUCUACCUCGGACCAAAGGUUUUUGCGUCACAGUCCAGAACCUCAGGGGAACGGUUACUGCUGUGUACGAUUCUACGCUUAAUUUCAGAAACAACGAAAUGCCAACUUUACUAGGAGUGCUCAAUGGAAAAAUGUACCAUGCUGAUUUAUAUGUGAGACGGAUUCCUUUGGCCUCAAUUCCAGAGGACGAGACGGAAUGUGCAGCCUGGCUCCACAAACUCUAUCAGGAGAAGGACCAAUUCCAAGAGCAUUACAGACAGACAGGUCGGUUCCCUGGCCCCAUUAUGAGCCCCCCGCGGCGGCCUUGGUCCCUCCUGAACUGGCUCUUCUGGGUCUGUGUGCUGGUCUACCCUCUCUGCAUGCUACUGCUGCAACUGCUGCUGUCAGGGUCCACAGUCACUGUCAUCUCUACAUUUGUAUUCUGUCUAGCAGCAUCAGUUGGUAUCCACUGGAUGAUCAGACAGACUGAGAUUGACAAGGGUUCGAACUACGGGAACAGAGAGUUGCAGAUGAACAAUAACUGAGGAAGAACUGUCACCAAGGCAACAAAAUCAAGCUGAAAUAAGGGCACUUUCACAACAGAGAAAGUGGCACUUGCCAAGCAAAACAGCCCUUAUGAGUGAAAUUUGAGGAACAAAUCAGGAAUAAGAGACCCAGCCCUGUGUACCUAGAGAGAAAAAGUCAUUUGAAUCAGGGUAAUUUUGAAUCUGAGAGAAACCUGACACACUUCUGACUCACCACUUGUCCAUGUUUUUUUUUUUUUUUAAAAGAGGAGACAUGGAGGCCAUUUAAAAAAAAUGGUCUGUUUAUUAAUAUUCUUUUUUAAAUAUUGCAAACACUGUUGGAGGAGCAGAGAACCAGCAACAUUGAUGCCUGUGUAUUAGCUCGUUUUCUGUUUGUCCACCUGUCCGAGUGUAGCAGCAGAAGUGGAGUCAGACUGGCCUCUUCUCUCUCAUUGAUUGGUUAUGCUCUUACACCCAGAUCAUAAAGGCACGCCAUUGGCCAGCAGGAGGCUGGGCUGACGCAGCACAACUACUUAUAGGCUUAAAUAUGACUUGUUAACAGUGGGCUCUGCAGUAAGGCAAAAUAAACACAAAAAUACCUUUAACAAAAUUAAAAAUUUGAAACCUUCUCUGUGAACAUCAGUCCAAGGUCUGUAUACUUUCUUCAGUGAAAGUUAGUGUGCAUACAGUCAGUCCAUGUAUUGCCAAACUCUCCCUCCAUCUUCCCUUCUCUGAUGCUUUGUGCUGUCAGAGGAGAACAUAUUUCUACAAAAGUCCCUUGAACUAAUGUACUUUGUCUCCUUUAACUUGUAUUACCUGUGACACAAUCAACAAAAUUCAUUUACCAGCGAAAAGUGGCUAUUAAACUUCAGCUUUACAAUAUGCUUUGUACAAAGAAAUCCCUAACCAUAUUCUUACAGUAUGUACAUUAAAACCCUCUUCUCCAAACAAGCUUUUCAA